AUGGAUCUGGCUCUCAUCGAAGCUAUUGGAAAGCUAGAGCUUAUGGUCGAAAAGGACGAACCCGAGGCAGACGCAUAUGCCUACCUCAAAUCAGAGAUAUACCCGUUACUUCAAGAACCAGAUAUAACCGUACCUAUGGUUUUCUAUAGGGUAGUGUCGAGGCUGAUGGAAAAGGUCGCCGCCGCUAAGAAGGAGUCGAUACGUUCACUCGAGCUACCAACAGUUGCCGAUAUUUUCCGAGUUUACACAGAUAUUGGCGAUAUGAAACCUCAGCGAUGGGCCGUACUCGUGGGAGAAUUAGUCCAGAAAAUUAUAGAGAUAGAUCCCUCGGUCGAGGAGCAAGACCCUGCUGUAGUCGAAGGUAAACUUACCACCUGCGAUACCAUGCUCGCGGAUCUUGUCGAAUCCUGGAAAGUUCUCUCUCUAUCCAAGACCACCUUGGCGCCUGAUAACGAGAUGACGGAUGGGUUCUGGUUCCCGAGACUCGAUACCUUUUCUCUGAAGAAAUUUUCAGGUCAGGGAAACUUCCCUGCGGCUUUGAGUAGUAUUUUCCCACAAUAUUACCCAAAACACCUCGGUGCCCCCGUGGCCGUCUUAGCCAUUGCCACAUACGCUUUGCUGCUCGAUGUCCAACGAAGCAAUCUUGAUGUCAGACGAAGUGCAUCUCGGUUCGUAUCUAAAAUAGCCUAUCUCAUCUCGUUUGUUAAUUUCCGAGAAGAGGCCUUGCGGAAGGAAAUCUCAAACACCUUUCCGGCGAUUAAAGAUUAUGUUAUGGAGCGGUGGCCCGAUAUCAAGGCACAGCUAAAAGAUAGACUCGAGUCGAUGACGACGUCUGCUGGACAAGCAAAAUCCAAUAAACCCUUAUAUUCGGCCAACCACGGUGGAAUCAAUCCGGGUUACUUGGGAAGUCGUCUCAACCAUGGAUACCUGACCCGGAACACAAGCGAAGUAGACAAGACCUGGCAAAGGUUUGUAGGGUCCGAGAAAGAUAUUCCUUUGGAAAAGGCUGCCGAGCUUCGAAUGUACCCAGAUCUUUUCGACUUUUUCAUUCAUACUCGAAUGGCCUUGAACCAACCUGAUCAUGCCAUCGCCGCGCUAAAUACUCUCCGCAAAGUCGGGCUUAGACCGACGAUGAAGACGUGGAACAGCAUGCUCGACGGUUGCAAGAAGGCUCGCAACGUCAACGGCCUCAAGAAUGUGUGGGCAAAACUUGCGGGGUCCGGAAUGAAGCUGGAUACGAAGCUAUGGACCACUCGUAUAGCUGGCCUCAUCGAAUCUGGUGAUAUCGAGAGCGGAAUAAGAGCCCUAGAGGAGAUGACAAAAUUAUGGAAUAGUAGAUCGAAGGACGAGAACACCACAGCUGUCAAACCGACUAUAGAGCCUAUCAAUGCUGCCCUCAAUGGUCUAGUACGUCAGAACCAAGUUUCUGCUGCCGAAAGCCUCCUAGCUUGGGCAGGUCGGCAAGGUAUCGAACCUGAUAUCAUGACAUACAAUAUCCUAUUAGCCCGCUUCGUUCAGGAUGGAAGGGCUGAGGAUGUGCAGCGAGUAUUUGCUAUGAUGCAAGGCGCCGGGUUAUCUGCAGACGAAGCGACAUUUACGAUAGUUCUGGACGGGGCAUUUAGUAUGAUAGAUCCGGAUGAAAUAGAAAAGCAAACGAGAACGAUAAUAAGUAUGCUCGGUCAUAUGAAAGCUGUCGGGCUAGAACCGAACCUACAGACAUACGGCAAGAUAAUUUAUCGCCUACUCCGGCUCGGCGACGAGGCCAGCAACGGCAUCAAGGUUGUGCUAUCUCAUCUAUGGGGUCACGGCUACGAGCUCUCGCCACAUAUCUAUACGAUGCUGAUGGAAUAUCACUUCUCGCGCAACCCCCCCGACCUAGAUGCCGUCGACUCGCUAUUGCAGCGCCGCCGCGUGCUCGAUUACGAUAGCGUAGAAGACAACAUCUUAUACGACCGUAUCAUUAAGGGUUACGCACUAGCCGGCCAGUCCUCUAAGGCUCUUGAGUAUUAUUACAAGCUUAGCGCCGCCGGCGCCACUGUCAUCCUGCCUACGCAGAUAGAGCUACUGCAUUCGCUGCUCCGCGACGAUCGCGUUAACGACGCGCGCGACAUGGUCGCUAAUACCAGGAGGUUGUUUGAAGAGUCAGACCGUGCCUCGGACGAAGUAGAGAGUGCCCGGUUCUGGGGCCAUCGUUUCUGGCAAGUUGCUUUUUCAAACGGCCUCAUGGAGGAGAGAGAUGCUGCUGCCCAUGCUUCUUCCUAG